GCAACUAAGCAGCUGCUUUGUCUCUUGUCCUUGUAACUCUUUCUUCUCUUUCUUUCAAGAGAGAGAGAGAGAGAGAGAGAGAGAGAGAGAGAGUUUUUUGGUUUAUGUUGUUUCUUCACUUAUUAUCACAUAUGACAUUCAAUUCAAUCACUCUGUCACUCAAACACCAACACUAAACCUCAAGCAUGCUGCUACACUUUCUCUUUCUCUCUGUCUAAAACUCUCACUUUUUGGGUUUAUUCGUAACAACCCUCUUAGCUUUUCUGCCCAUUGGCCCAUCUCACUCUUGUUCUUUUAUGCUUUUACUCUUUACUUCCUUUGUUUCUAUCUUUCUUUCAUUCAUACGCUCUCUAGGCUCAACAGACUGGAGAUUAUGAUUGUCUCUGCUUACUGUUUGUUGGGUUUUUCUUUGCACUGACUCACUUAACUGAGAGAUCUAGUGGGUGUAGAACUGUGAAUCUAGAGAUGGGACUAGAGAUGGAAUUGGAUUCCGACAAAAACAUUACAGGUCUAAGUCCUAACACCGUUCUUCCAUCUCCUCGGCAAUGUUUAAACCUUGAAAAGAGAAAUGCAAGAGGCAAACCUAUGCAUAGAGAUGAUAUAUUGGGAGUAAAAGAGGGUUCCUCGGAGAUUAGCUUUUGUCGCUACUGCAGCGCCUUUUGUAAAAAUACUUGGUCCAGACCUGUUGGACUGGAAGAUAGCACAGAGCUGAGGCGUGGUUCGAUAUAUCAAUGCUCCAAAGAGGUGAGGAAGAUGAAGAAAAUGGGAGCUAUUGAGGAAAGGGAAAAAAUUGAAUUGUCACGUAGUAGUGACACCUCAUUUUCCUUUAGGAUUAUUGACUCUUUAUGUAGUUCAGAUGAGGAAGAGGAAAGCAUAAGGAAGAGAACCUCAGAGGCAUCUGUAAGCUCAAAAUUGAACGCUUUAUCUGUUUGCAGUCCUUCUUUAGAACCAUGCUUAUCAGAUGGAUUCAUUGAAUUCUGUAUGAAUUCAGAUGGCACAGAAAAACAUUCUGCUGAAACUGGAAGGAGAGACACAGUUAAGGACCUGAAUUUCAGAUGUGAUGAAGUUGUUGGUCCUGUAGAUGAUGGUGACACACGUGAAAGAGAUAAAGUUUUGACAUUUCAGAAGUCACAUUCUGCUAAAGUGGAGAUGCGCUAUUCACCUUCUCAGUCAGAAAGUAGUCACUCCUCCAGAGCCAGUUCCAGGUCUCGUUUUGGCCCCAUCAGAAAGAUGUUUGACCCAUUCAUGAAGUCCAAGUCUCUUCGAAGUCCUUUGGGUUAUGUGGUGCAACCUGAUGAAGUCAAAACCAGCAGGAUGGAAAAAACAAGGGAAGGGACAUUGCAAAAGUCUUUAUUUCAUGGCUUUUCUGAUACAGUCCAGAAUAUAAAAAUUGAUUCUCAGUUUGUCAAGAAAGAACAACAUCAUUCAAUUGUGGCAAAUUCACCAGUACACUUACACGGUCUUCUAAAGAUGGAAAAUAAACAAGGAGUACCCUUUUUUGAGUUCUUUUUGAAUUGCCCUGAAGAUGUUAUUGUGGCCAGGACAUGGAAGGAAGAUAAUGCUUUUAAUUGGGUAUAUACCUUUCACUCCAUUGACGGUAGGAAAAAGAGCAAUGCUAGUGGAUGGGGAUCAAGUGAUAUCAACAAAGAGUGCUCAAUGGUUGGACAAAUGCAGGUUUCCUGUUACUUAUGCUCAGAACUAAAAGAUGGUGGUGCUUUUGAUAACUCUAUGGUGACAGAGUUUGUAUUGUACGAUAUUGCGCAUGUAAAACAAAGUGUCAUUUCUAAAGAAUGCCAGAAGUGUUCCGCCAAUGCUACACCUUGUAAGUGUUCUAAUCCAUGUAUUGUUGAGGGAAAUCAUGAGUUAAAUAAUGAGUCCGGUUUGGUGGGGUUUAGAGAUCAACCAAAAUAUGCUUCGAAUAAAACAAAUCCAUGCUCAUGGCCAUCUUGGGAUUUGGGUCCAAGCCUUGAAAUUGCGGCUGUUGUUAUUCAAGUGCCAUUUGAGAAAAGAGAAAGUUUGAAAUACAACGGAGGGCAUAAAACCAGUGAUAAAAUGCAUGUAAAUCUUCUCAAUUUCUCUGCAUUUGAGCAUACUCAAAAAGACUCUGUUGAAAACAAAAUUUCUGAAAACGUGAAUGUGAUCAUUCCCAAUGGUAUCCAUGUUUUGCCAAGUUCUGAAAGUCGAGGACCUUCUACAUUGCUAAAUCGAUGGAGGUUGGGUGGAGGCUGUGACUGUGGUGGCUGGGAUAUGGCCUGCCCCCUUACUGUUUUUAGCAAUCCCAAAAUUCAAUGUGCUAAAGAUAAGCUACUCAUGGACAAUCAACAGUCUUUGGAACUUUUUGUUCAGGGAGCAAAAGAGAACACACCAGCACUGUCCAUGAUGGUUCUAGAAGAGGGGCGUUAUGCAGUUGAUUUCCAUGCUCAGUUAUCCACUUUACAAGCAUUUUCGAUUUGUGUUGCCAUAUUACAUGGUACAGAAACCUCCUUUGCCACCGGGCAGGAGAAAAGCAUGCAGUUGCCCCACUGCAAUUCACUGAAAAUGCUCAUUGAGGAGGAAGUGAAAUUCUUGAUCAAAGCUGUCUCUGAAGAGGAGAAGAAGAAAGUCACAAAGAGGAUGGAAGAGAUCCCACCGUCUUAUGUGAUCAACCCUCCCCUCUCUCCAAUGUCUAGAGUAUAGAGUCCAUAGACAGAACCGGCGCAAUUGGUAAAAAGCUAAAAUGGCUUCUCUCGACAACUCCCGCAUCAGAACUGAGAAGAAAAUGGAGGAAGAAGACAUCAGUAGUGGAAAGGCUAUAAAAGGAUGUAAGUUUCUGCCAUAUCCAAGGACGAUGACAAAAUCGUUCACAUCAAACUUCUUGUGGCAUAAACUCAACAUUAAGCUCAGUAAAGCUAAAAUGGAUGCUUUGACAAGUUUCCAUAAGGGACUUGGAGGAAGAACUGGCCAAUGCAGGCCACAAAUUGAGGGUUUUACAUAGGAUUAGAAGUAGAACAGAAACACCAUACUGUCCAUAUGGUAGGGGGGAAGUGGUGGGGGAGUACUUUUUGAGGAUAGCGGUCAAUUUUAUUAUACUUCUGUGUAUUAUUAUAUAUAAUAUUUCUAAAUAUAUGUAGAAUAUUUAGUGGUAAAGGGGAAGUAGCUCCUAGGAGAUUGUCAGAAAAUAUGUUGCUACAGUGUUUGGAGCCAUGGAACUUCAAACAAGUUGUAGCAAAAAUAAUUAUUAUUUAUCACUAAAAUAAUGAAAAUCCCAGCAAUGUUCUGUUUUUUUCUU